AAUGAGCGCAGAAACACACACAACCAGAAGGAAACAGUUACAGGACGCAGCUGCAGCAGCGCCGCAGUUCACGGCCAAACCCUGAGCAGAGACGCUUUGUCUUUUUUUUUUAAUCUUUCUUUCCUUCGGCUCCUCCGCGCUGACACCUCCGCCUGUUGCUCACUUUGUCUGAUUGUACAGUGUUUUCUGUCGCUGUUGGGAGCAUGGCUGCCAUCAAAGCUUUGGAGCAGUGGUGUAAAACGCAAUGUGAAGGCUACAGAGAUGUGGCCAUCACCAACAUGACGACUUCAUUCAGGAGCGGGUUGGCUUUCUGUGCGCUUAUCCACAAGUACAGACCGGACCUGAUAGAUUAUGACUCACUCAGAAUGGAGGAUGUGUUUGAGAACAACAGCCUGGCUUUUCAGGUCGCAGAGGAGAAGCUGGGGAUUCCGGCUUUGUUAGAUGCAGAGGACAUGGUGGCUUUAAGGAUCCCAGACAGGCUCAGCAUUCUUACCUACGUCUCCCAGUACCACAACUACUUCAAAGGACAGCCUCCCAUGGGAGGUGUAAAAAGGCCAGCAGAGGGCUCCAAGGAGGAGCCAUCAGAGAAGAAAAAUCUCCCUGUGGUUGCCAAAAGCUUUGUGUCUAAAACCACCACCGAGAAUCGUUUCCCUCCAACUCGCACAGCUCAGACCUCACCCAAGUUUGCCAGGGUUGCUGCUCAGAAGGCAGUUUUGGCGGAAAAUGUCAACAAAAAUGGGACUCUCAAUAGCAAAUGCGUUGCUUGCAAGAGUCACGUUCAUCUGGUUCAACGGCACUUUGUGGAGGGCAAGCUUUAUCACAGAAGCUGUUUCAAAUGCAGUGAAUGCUCCAGCGUGCUCCAUGUAGGAGGCUACAAACCUGGUAAGGAGCCAGACACUUUUAUCUGUAACGCCCACCAGAACAGUUGCAAACCGUCCUCCUCUGAGAUCAAAAACGGACCCACCAGUUCAUCUGGGCAACUAAAUAGUGCCAGCAAGACCCAGCCUGCGCCAUGCCCCUCCUCUGUGCUGUCAGCCCCACUAGAUAUGGUUCUGAAGCCAGUCAGUGCCAGUCAACCUUCGCAUUCCUGGACAGCCUCAGCCCAGAGGACUCAGACGGCCCGGCAGAGGUUUUUCCAGGAUGCUCAACCAGUCACAGAGGCCUCAAUAGAUGACAGGAAGCCGACAGAGCCCUCAAAUGUUUUGGGAAGACCAAAGGUCUCACUGAGUCCUGAUGAUGAGAAGAACAGAACCAGGACAGUGAUUGGAAAGAAACUAGCAGAGCAAAACUGCAACAAUAACAACAAACACCCAUUCACCAUCCGAUCAGCAGAGAGACGGUUUGGAGAUGAGCCAAGUUCAGUUGACAACCCCGGUCUGAGAAAGGAUAAAUACAGCCAAGGCCCAGCAGGAAACUUGGCAGGACAGCGUUCCACCAGCCAGACAAACAAUAAGGAAUCGCCAUGUCUGAAGACCAUCAACGAAGACAACACAAGGCCAACAACUGUACACACAACCGCCAAAGAUCCAGCCUAUGAGUGGCAAACAAACCUCAAACCUGUGAAAACCGAACCAGCACUAAGAGAUGCUGAAGCCUCUACUGAGCAACAUAAGCCUGGAUUCACGUCCAUGACUUCCCCUAAUGUCUCCAUCAGUGCAACAAGGCCUCCCUCAGCUCCAACACCAGCAGCACCUCCAGUUAGCUUUCCUCUGUUUGAUCCUGCACACUUCAGAGAAGUCACUCCCCAGAAACCUCAGCAUAGCUCUGGAAACCUGGCUGUUAAACAUGAGGGUCACUCGCCUGUAAAAUCCCCACCAAGACGGCCAGCUGUAGAAUCUAUUAGCUCCUCAACCACUGCUCCAGACAGUCACGGACAUCCGUCAGGUGCUAAAAAGGGAAAGUAUUUGUCACCCACCAACGCCUCCAGGACUGAAAUGAGGUCACCCUCUGUGAAGUCUUAUAACAUCCCGGUGGAGCAGAUUGAGAGGGAGCUGAUUGAUAUUGAAACAAACCUGGCACAAUUGGAGAAGGAGGGUGUGGAGCUGGAAAAGAAACUCCGCAGCUGUGAGGAAGAGGGAGAGGGGGACAUACUGAUGGACCCACUCAUGGUCGACUGGUUCAACCUCAUUCGAAAGAAGCAGAUGUACAUUAGGAAGGAAUCAGAGCUUGUAUACAUAGCCAGGACGCAGGAGCUGGAGCAGCAGCAGCCAGGUGUUGAGGGGGAACUUCGCAGGCUGCUGGAGAAGCCAGAUCAUUUAAAGUCCAUAGAGGAGCAACAGCGGGAGAAGAAGUUGAUGCAGAGACUAAUGGAGAUUGUGGAUGGCAGAAAUGCAAUUGUUGAGGUUCUGGAUGAAGACAGGCUGAGGGAAGUGGAGGAGGAUAAAGAGUUGAAUGAAAUGAUGCAAAAUCUUGGAGUAAAGAAAGCCAAAAAUAAGAGGAAAUCCUCCAUUUCAAAACUGUUCAGACGAAGAAGUAAGAGGCGAGUGGAAUGAUCCUCAAGGGAUUUUUUACUAAACUUUUAUUCCCUGCUACAUGAACAGAAAAUAUGUUUAUGAUGAUUAAAUUAUUAUAAUUAUAAUUAUUAUUUUUAAUUUUAGCAAUUUUAAGAUUUUUAUACUUAAGUACUGUAUUACAUAUUGUACUGUAGUGCGUUAAUGAGAAGGUAAAGGAAGAUGAAGAUGUCAAAUUAAGAAGCAUAUUGGAUCAAAUCAUUUGUUUUGUCUUGUCUGUGUUUCACUUUCUAAAUGUUCACUUAAAUGUCACUGUGGUUUAAGAUUCACACUUCAGUUUGCUGUUACUUGUGUUAGAUUGUUCUAUAUAGGUUAUGUUUCCAUCCACAUUUCUCACAGAGGGUGUCUUGUAUAUUCACAAUUGUUUUUCACUAUUUUUUCUUGUCUUAUUAUGUGGCAAAUGCUGCUGCAAACAUUUCAAGCGUCACAAAACACAAUGCCACCAUUUAUGGAUGUGUUUAUAUGAAGAUACUGUAUAUUUAUUUGAUGAUUGGAAUGAGGUAUCUGAUUCAUCCUUUUAGCAGAUUAAGUUGCACUGGGUCAAAAAACUGGGAUGUUGGGAGUUCAAAUCAUAAAUUACAAUUUCCACAGAGAACACUGGCUGUUCCACAUGCAAAUAUGAAUGAGCAGAAUAAAUGUAUAAUCCUUCAACAACAGUCUUCAUCCAAAAUGAAAUUAUUUCAGUAUUCAUUUAAUAACGGAUUUUAACAAAUUUCCCUGUAAGGAUAUUAGCAGGAGAAAAAGCCUUGACAAUUAAGUUUGAAUUGCUGUGGAGUGCAACAUGGAGAGCCACACAUGUUGAGCAGCCCUGUUGUAGACCGUCGUUCCUCUCUCAUAUUGUACUGUAGGUGGCAGCCUGGGUAUGCUGUAUCACAAGGCGAGAACUUGAAAAUCCAAUUUGCCACAGUACAGACAGUUAAUUUCUUUGCUAAUUUUAUAAAUGCUGCAAAAAUGUUCAGCUGUGCUGAUGCAAUAAUGUUAUGUGAAAGAGGAUUAGGUAGAGCAGUAGCUUAUGGCUGGGGAAGGCUUAUAAACUAUAGGUUGUAUUGAGCUCUUUAUCUUCAAACCUGGUUUAAUUAAACAUUACUCUUUACUAAUAUCUGCAUCAGAAUGGCUCGGCACCUGAGCUAUUAAAAUGUUCAAACGACGUGUGUAGUCGCUCAUCUGUGAAAAUGGCAUUUGCAGUGCUCGUGAGGAAUGUACUGUAAUGUUGCAUUUUAGAAGCAUUAUUGAAUGGUAUGUACUUGUACACUAUUUAUAGUAUUUUAAACUUCAACACUGUUGUCCAAUAAAUCCUUUGAAGAUUA